GAUGGAGGAACCAGGCGGGCGCUGGGGGUGGUGGGCGUUUUGUCAAGGGAAGUUGACGCGGCCCCCCCGGUGUCUGAUUUGCGAGGCGGGCGGCCUUGUCCGGGCGCGCGCUGUGGAGCCGCCGGGCCCGGUCGGCGUGAAUGGACGGAAGGUGGCGGGCCGUCCCCUGCCGAGACUCUCUCGUGA